CGGUCUGAAUGAUAUAAUUUUUUUGAAUAAAGUAUAAUUUUAUGUGAAUUAUUUAUAAAAUUUAACAUUAGCUAGAGUGAGUGGUCACUUGAGAUUGGGAGUUGAGGUGAAACUACUGGAGAAUAUGUUGAGCUUUAUUUCAGUUUCUUGUGUCGUAGCUUUGCUAGUCUGUGCAUGGGGAGUCUUGAAUUCGAUGUGGUUGAAACCAAGAAGGCUGGAAAAAUGCCUCAGAGCACAAGGUCUUAAUGGAAAUUCCUACAGACCAUUCUUUGGGGACUUGAAAGAGUUAGCAAUGAUGCUUGGGGAAGCCAAAUCCAAGCCAAUCAGUCUCUCUGAUGAUAUCGUGCCCAGAGUCAUACCUUUCCACGUCAAAACCAUCAACAAAUAUGGUAGCAAUACUUUUCUGUGGCUCGGGCCUAAACCUUCAGUUAUCAUCCGGGACCCUGAACUUCUCAGGGAGAUCUUCCUUAAGCAUAAUCUCUUCCCAAAGCAACAUUCCAAUCCACUUGGAAAAUUGCUGGCGAAAGGGCUACUAGACUCUGAGGGAGAUAAAUGGGCUAAAGAUCGGAAAAUAAUUAAUCCUGCUUUCAAUUUAGAGAAAAUCAAGCUUAUGCUGCCGGCUUUUCAUUCGAGUGCCAGUGAGAUGUUGAGGAAUUGGGAGGAAAAAUUUUCGCCAGAAGGAUCUUGUGAGCUGGAUGUUUGGCCUUAUCUUCAAACCCUAACUGGUGAUGUGAUUUCUCGCACAGCAUUUGGUAGUAAUUAUGAAGAAGGAAGGAAAAUUUUAGAACUUCAACAAGAACAGGUAGACCAUGUUGUGACAGCUGAAAGGUCAUUAUAUAUCCCUGGAAUGAGGUUUUUGCCAACGAAGAGAAACAGAAGAAUGAAGGAGAUUGAAAAAGUAGUUCAAGCAACAAUAAGGGACAUAAUUGAUAGGAGAGUGAAAGCAAUGAAAGCAGGGGAAGGAAGAAGGGACGACUUAUUGGGCAUACUGUUGGAAUCUAACUUUAAGGAGAUUGAUCAGUAUGGCAGCAAAGAUUUUGGUAUGAGCAUCAAAGAUAUAAUUGAAGAGUGCAAACUCUUCUAUUUUGGUGGGCAGGACACCACUUCAACCUUGCUGGUAUGGACCUUAAUUUUACUGAGCAAGCAUCAAGACUGGCAGUCAGUCGCUAGGGAAGAGGUUUUGCAAGCGUUUGGAAGAGAGGAGAUAGAUUUUGAUCGCCUCAGUCGCCUCAAAACUAUGACAAUGAUCUUGAAUGAGGUUCUAAGAUUGUAUCCACCAGUGGUUGUGCUUGCUAGAAGGCUUCAUGAAGAAACUAAAGUAGGAAAAUUUUCCUUGCCUGCUGGGGUGCUACUCAAUCUGCAAUUAAUGCUGUUGAAUCAUGACUGUGAAGUAUGGGGUAAUGAUGCAAAAGAGUUCAAACCAGAGAGAUUUAGUGAAGGAGUGUCAAAUGCAACAAAGGGCCAGGUUUCAUUUUUCCCAUUCGGUUGGGGACCUCGAAUAUGUAUUGGACAAAACUUUGCCAUGGUAGAAGCAAAAUUGGUGAUGGCAAUGAUUCUUCGAAACUUCUCCUUUGAACUCUCCCCAUCUUAUACUCAUGCUCCUCACGCGAUAGCCACACUCCAACCUCAGCAUGGUGCUCAUUUAGUCAUGCACAAAUUGUAGUAUGGUGAACAUGAAGGUUCUUGUUGCAGAAGAUAAUCAGUAGUGUAUCAAUAGAACUUGAGAAUUCAAGUACCAUAAGAAAAUUUGGAUCUUCAGCUUCUGAAUCUUGUCAUUUGCUUGAAAUGCUGAUGCUUUUUUAGCAGUGGCAGACAAAGAGUUUAUGAUUUA